AUGCUAGGAUUAGCUCAAAAAAAGUCUCAGUUAUUGUUCAAAGAGUAGAAACCUGUCAUAAAAAAGAUUACCUAACACUUAAAAUUAAAGACUUUAACUUUAAGUAAUUGGAAAUCAAAAGAAUUGACCUCGCGAUUACUCAGUCCAAUCAAAUAUUAGCCACCUUCAGUUAUGGAACCUAAAGGCUAAUUUCUUUUAACCCUAACAUACAAUAAUAAGAAUAUUUGA